AUGAAAAAUAUGGAAUCAGCAGUUUUGAAAAUCACUGGAUUAUAGUAAUUUUAACAGUCAGGUGACUUUCUUUUUAACUUUCUAGCCAAUAUAGUUGAAUUCUGCCCCCAAAUUACCAUCACUGAAUGCAAAUGCAGUUCUGCAUUGGUGUUGAUAAAUCCUAACUUCAGAAGCCACUCUGGGGACAUGUGGUCACUUUAUAAUAAUAAAAAUUAAUCAAACAGUUUAACGUGAGUGCUGGUUUUUCUAAGAAUGCUUACCACCUAAUGUAAUAUCUAUAGUUUGGCUUCUUGCCAAAUUGUGGCUUCCAGCAUGAGGGAAGAGUAGUAUAGCGUUCUACCAGAAGUUUGUCUUUACUGUUCUGUCAAGUGAGCUGGUUUGCUCUAUAAACUACAUAUGCUGCUAGAGAGAUGAGUUAAAACACAUUUUGUAACUGGUAAAAGUUUCAGAGAACUUGAGUUCUGAGAAUUUACAUUUCUCAAUCUGUAACAAGCUAAAUUGUAUCUGAGAGAGGAUUCUUACGGACUGUCAUUAAUUUUUAGAUUUCCCCACUCAACAUGGAGAGUUAGAACCGAUCAGCCUGUGGGCGACUUUGGGCACAUCGCUGAUGAAUUUACAACUGAUUUUCUGGAUUGGACUGAUUAGCUCAGUUUGCUAUGUGUUUGGCCAAACAGAUGAAAAUAGAUGUUUAAAAGCAAAUGCCAAGUCAUGUGGAGAAUGUAUACAAGCAGGGCCAAAUUGUGGAUGGUGUACAAAUUUAACAUUUUUACAAGAAGGAAUGCCUACCUCUGCCCGAUGUGAUGAUUUAGAAGCCUUAAAAAAGAAAGGUUGCCAUCCAGAUGACAUAGAAAAUCCGAGAGGCUCCAAAGAUGUAAAGAAAAAUAAAAAUGUAACAAAUCGUAGCAAAGGAACAGCAGAGAAGCUCCAGCCAGAAGAUAUUACUCAGAUCCAGCCACAGCAGUUGAUUUUACAGUUACGAUCAGCUGUAACCAUUUGUGGCAUUGGAAUAAACCACAAUGGAAGUAGGAAGCUCUUAACUGAGUUAGUCUUUUUGAAGUGCUUAGAAUUCCAGAAUAUACAUUUAUUCAUUUGUUCCAUUCAUUCAUUCACUCAUUCAUUUAACAGGCAGUUACUGAAAGCAAGUAUGCUAGGAAAGGAGUGGAUAGACAGAAGUAAAAGAUUGACUUACAUAUGUAACAUACUUGAUUUUUUUCAGACUCCCAAGUUUAUAUAUGUCUAUAUAAAUUUAUAUACAUUGUGUAAAUAUACGCAUUUUUCCUUGACAGGGUUUGGCUCAUUUGUGGAGAAAACUGUGAUGCCUUACAUUAGUACAACCCCAGCUAAACUCAGGAAUCCUUGCACAAGUGAACAGAACUGCACCAGCCCCUUUAGCUACAAAAAUGUGCUUAGUCUUACUGAUAGAGGGGAAGUAUUUAACGAACUUGUUGGUAAACAGCGCAUAUCUGGAAAUUUGGAUUCUCCAGAAGGUGGCUUUGAUGCAAUCAUGCAAGUUGCGGUUUGUGGAUCAUUGAUUGGCUGGAGAAAUGUUACACGGCUGCUGGUGUUUUCCACGGAUGCCGGGUUUCACUUUGCUGGAGAUGGGAAACUUGGCGGCAUUGUUUUACCAAAUGAUGGACGGUGUCACCUGGAGAAUGAUGUAUACACAAUGAGCCAUUAUUAUGAUUAUCCUUCUAUUGCUCACCUUGUCCAGAAACUCAGUGAAAAUAACAUUCAGACCAUUUUUGCAGUGACUGAAGAAUUUCAGCCUGUUUACAAGGUAAAUAUGUUUCUUCCCCCAGAAUAUUAUCCUAACUCCUGUCCUUACAGGGGUGUGAAUUCCCUUUCCUCAGAAGUCAUUUUGGAAAACAGCAAAUUGCCAGAAGGAGUAACAAUAAAUUAUAAAUCUUACUGCAAAAAUGGGGUGAAUGGAACAGGGGAAAAUGGAAGAAAAUGCUCCAAUAUUUCCAUUGGAGAUGAGGUUCACUUUGAAAUUAGCAUAACUUCAAAUAAAUGUCCAAAUAAGAAUUCUGAAACCAUUAAAAUUAAACCUCUGGGCUUCACUGAAGAAGUAGAGAUUAUUCUUCAGUUCAUCUGUGAAUGUGAGUGCCAGAGUGAAGGGAUCCCUGAAAGUCCAAAGUGUCAUGAAGGAAACGGGACAUUUGAGUGUGGAGCUUGCAGGUGCAACGAGGGACGUGUUGGUAGACAUUGUGAGUGCAGCACAGAUGAAGUGAACAGUGAAGACAUGGAUGCUUACUGCAGGAAAGAAAAUAGCUCAGAAAUCUGUAGUAACAAUGGAGAGUGUGUCUGUGGACAGUGUGUCUGUAGGAAGAGGGAUAAUACAAAUGAAAUUUAUUCUGGCAAAUUCUGUGAGUGUGAUAAUUUCAACUGUGACAGAUCCAAUGGCGAAGUUUGUGGAGGAAAUGGUGUUUGCAAGUGUCGUGUGUGUGAAUGCAAACCCAACUACACUGGCAGUGCAUGUGACUGUUCUUUGGAUACUUCUUCAUGCAUGGCCAAAAAUGGACAGAUCUGCAACGGACGGGGGAUUUGUGAGUGUGGCACCUGUAGAUGUACAGAUCCCAAAUUUCAAGGGCCCACAUGUGAGAUGUGUCAGACCUGCCUUGGUGUCUGUGCUGAACAUAAAGAAUGUGUUCAGUGCAGAGCCUUCAAUAAAGGAGAAAAGAAAGACACAUGUGCACAUGAAUGUUCACAUUUCAACCUUACCAAGGUAGAAAAUCGGGACAAAUUACCUCAGCCAGGGCAGGUUGAUCCCCUGUCCCAUUGUAAGGAGAAGGACGUGGAUGACUGCUGGUUCUAUUUCACAUACUCAGUGAAUGGAAACAACGAGGCCAUUGUUCACGUUGUGGAGACUCCAGAGUGUCCCACUGGUCCAGACAUAAUUCCAAUUGUAGCUGGUGUUGUUGCUGGAAUUGUUCUUAUUGGCCUUGCAUUGCUGCUGAUUUGGAAGCUUUUAAUGAUAAUUCACGACAGGAGGGAAUUUGCUAAAUUUGAGAAGGAGAAAAUGAACGCUAAAUGGGACACGGGUGAAAAUCCUAUUUAUAAGAGUGCUGUGACAACUGUUGUCAAUCCGAAGUAUGAGGGGAAAUGAGCACUGCUUGUGCAGCUCCGCAACACUGAACGCAAAGUAGCCAUUUUCACAGUCACAGUAAACGGAGCUUUAGGGUGACAUUACCAUAGUGUUACUCAUGUGCAGGUGUUGAAAAUGUAUAGUAUGUAUAAUUGUUUUAUUUUUAUUAUUUUGAAAAUAAUGUUAUAAUCAAUGCCAGGGACUGACAGGAGACUUGAGACGGGAUGGUUUUCCUUGUCAGCAAAGGUCACAAUUGUGCCUUUUUGACCUUUUCCUCCUGGACUAUUGAAUCAAGCUCUUAUUGGCUUACAUGAUAUUGCUAAAGUGAUUGAAGGGCAAAAAUAAAAGAAACAGCAUGUUGAGAGUUUUAUUAAUCGAGUAUUAAAUUUGAUUUUUAGCUUUACAGAUAGAUACGUCAGGACUUGAGUUUUUUCAGUUAUGCAGAAUCCAAAGUAAAUGUCCUGCUAGCUAGUUUAGAAUUGCUUUAUUAUUUAGCUAUUUGCCUGUCACACAUAACUGAUGACAUAUGUGAAAGUUGAGUAUUUUGGGAGUUACAGGUAUAAAAUAGUUUUGAAAUAGUUGAUCUCCAAAGGCCAAGGGAAGAAUUCAGACAGUUAGGGAGGAAAAACAAAUAGCUUUAAAACCUGUGUGCCAUUUUAAGAGUUACUUAAUUUUGAUAACUUUUACGCCUUCUUUUUAUAAAUUCAAGCCUUGGAUAAGAAUACUGGGAAAUAUUCUGCAAAAAAGCCCUCGAUUUAUUAUUAUUUACAUAAAGGUCUUAGUUUUUAUAGUAUUUGCUGAAUGGGGGCCUUUUUGGUUAAAUUUAUUUUAUUUUAUUCUUUUUAUUUUGUUUAAAGCCCGGUGCUUUUUAUCACCUUUUCUGAUCUUUUAAUGUAUUUGUUUGUAAUUUUGGGGUAGGACUUUUUUUUUUUAAUCAGUAUCUUUUCUUUGAAAUUUUAGCUGUAAAUUUGCCUUUUUAAUGAACAUAUGACACGUACUGUAGCUUAUGCAACAGCUGUCACUCAAGCAAGUCCUACUUUCAGACCACUGUGUAUGUACCUCUCACUGUUGGCGUUGCCCAUCUUGUUUCAUACUAGCCACAUUCUUGUUUAAAGUGCCUUUUAAUUUUAACAGUUCACUUUUUACAAUACUAUUUACUGAAGUUAUUUAUUAAAUAAAAAUGCCUAAAAUACUGAAA